AGAAAAAAACUAAAAGCGGCAGGCCGCGGACGCGGAGGACGAGCCGGGCGGGCGAGCUGCCGUCGCAGCCUGACCCGCGGGCCACGGAGCGCGAGCGCAGUCUGUCUUGAGCUUGAUCUUGAACAUGGGCGGUGCUGUGAGUGCUGGUGAGGACAAUGACGAACUGAUCGAUAAUUUGAAGGAAGCACAGUAUAUACGGACAGAAUUGGUGGAACAGGCCUUCAGAGCUAUUGAUCGAGCAGAUUACUACCUGGAGGAGUUUAAAGAAAAUGCCUACAAAGACUUGGCGUGGAAGCAUGGAAACAUUCACCUCUCAGCCCCGUGCAUCUACUCAGAAGUGAUGGAGGCCCUGGAUUUGCAGCCAGGGCUUUCGUUUCUGAACUUGGGCAGUGGUACUGGAUACCUCAGCUCCAUGGUUGGCCUCAUUUUAGGUCCUUUUGGUGUGAACCAUGGAGUGGAGCUUCAUUCUGAUGUGAUAGAGUACGCAAAACAGAAACUGGACUUCUUCAUCAGAACAAGUGACAGCUUUGACAAGUUUGACUUCUGUGAACCCUCUUUUGUUACUGGCAAUUGCCUGGAGAUUUCUCCAGAUUGUUCUCAGUAUGAUCGAGUGUACUGUGGGGCUGGUGUGCAGAAGGAACAUGAGGAAUACAUGAAAAAUCUUCUUAAAGUUGGAGGAAUCCUUGUCAUGCCUCUGGAAGAGAAGUUGACCAAGAUAACGCGCACAGGCCCUUCUGCUUGGGAAACGAAAAAGAUUUUGGCUGUUUCCUUUGCCCCUCUGGUCCAGCCCUGUCACUCAGAGUCAGGAAAGUCCAGACUUGUCCAGCUUCCACCACUUGCUGUACGCAGCCUCCAGGACUUGGCCCGCAUUGCCAUCCGGGGUACCAUUAAAAAGAUCAUUCAUCAGGAAGCUUUGAGCAAAAGUGGAAAUGGACUGAAGAACACUCCCAGAUUUAAACGAAGGAGGGUCCGCCGCCGUCAAAUGGAAACAAUAGUCUUUUUGGACAAAGAAGUCUUUGCCAGUCGUAUUUCCAACCCCUCUGACGACAACAGCUGUGAAGACUUGGAAGAGGAACGGAGGGAAGAAGAUAAAACUUCACUAGAAGCCAAGCCAGAUCCUCCCGUGAACUUCCUGCGUCAGAAGGUCCUGAGCCUCCCUCUGCCAGACCCCCUGAAAUACUACUUGCUUUAUUACAGAGAAAAAUAAAUCACCCAACUGAAAAGGGGAAAUGAGGAAGAGUCAGUAUGAAGUCUGAUUGUGCUGCUUGUCUCCUGCUGAGGGGUCCCUUGGAGCAGAUGCCCUGGGAAAGGGAACUGGUCUACCCAUCCACAUUGUAAUUUUCCUUUUCUGGCUCUUGAUUAUGGUCUAAAAUUUGAUUCAGUAAUGUGGUUUAUUUAAACAUAAGCUGACAAGGACACAUAGAAGAGUGUUUUCCUCAAGCGGGGGGCUCUUUUCGUGUUCAGCUGACACAAUGUGUGUGAGUCUGAAACUCCACAUCAGGUGCAUGGAAGUCAGGACUCCCUGUGUGAAGCGUAGUGUGUGAAAAUACGUAAAAUCCUUUUGAGUUUGAGUUCUGUGUUAAGCAGCCUCUUAGUUAGUGGCGCUGAGUUCCACUGAGCUUUUUAGUUUUAUGGAGGGGGAAGCAUUGAGAAGUCCUUACUUUAAUGAAAGUAUUUUAAUCUUAUGUGAAUUGUCACCUCUAAGUUUUAAAAGAAAAAGUGUGAACAGGGGAGGAGGAGUAAAAGUAUCAACCUGCCAGGCAUCUUUCUGGUAUUUCAGAAGUUUUCCAAGAUAUUUUUUUUCUGACAUGUUUUAUUACUUUUAAAAGAACAACAGUCAAGUGAACUCUUGGGUUAGAGUUUUUGUUUUAAGAUAUGUGUAAAUGGUCAGGGUUCUUAGUAACACAGUGCCUACCUGGCAACCUUGAGAUGGUGAGUUCGAUUCCCAGUACCAAAAACAAUACGAAACGAAACGAAACGAAACAAAACAAAACUAAAACCAAACCAAAACAAAGCAAAACAAAACAUGUUAAAGUAGUAAACUAAUUUUGCCCUAACCACAGAGGUAAUUACUCAUCCUUAGAGACCAUAAUGGAUGUUAAGGAUGUUGUUGAUAUGCUUAUUUUUCAAAAUAGGAAGUAUUAAGACUUCAAGAAAUGAAUUAGGGAGUGUUACAGUCUGUAAUUUUUUUUUUUUUUUUUUAGUUUGCUGUCUUUCUGUGAUCACAUUAGAGUGCUAAUUCAUAUAUUUUAUCUUUUGUAAUUCUGGGGAAAAAGAGAUUGCUAGUUUUGUAAAUUUUCUUCAGAACAAAUAUGUAUUUUAGUAGCUCCAUUGCAUUAGAACAGUUUAACUCAGUGACUUGUGAGGUCUGUCUUCUCUAGGCCUUUUGUGUUGAGAGCUUGGUAUCAAAUUGUGGGUCUAGAAAACAAAGCAAUCUUUGUAGCAGUCUUAAUGGCAGAAUGAUUUGAAGUUACCGUGAUGAUUCUGAAACACUUUUUAAAGUCUUUUUUACCCAAAGAAAAGAAUAGUAUAAGUUAUUAAUUAUAAUUCCAAACUCAAGUGUUGAUGUAGGAUUUAGCACUGAGAUUUUGUGCUUCACUUUAACCUCUUACCUUCUUACUUGCUGGAAGGGGUUUGAUGUCUCUAUGGUUUCUCUAGUUUAACUGGUUAUUUUGUAUUUUUUCUGCUUCUUUGUAGUAACUGAAUCAUUUUGCCAUGAGGUACAGUCUGCAUACAUAGCUGGGAAAAACACACAUUGCCCUAGAUUGGUAAAUAAAAGCUAUUUAAAGAAAGUUA